AUGUGGCCCGACGCCUCGCUCCACGAGGUCCGCGACUCCGGCGAGAGAGGCCGCGGCCUCUUUGCGACGCGAGGGUUUGCCGCCGGGUCGCCGGUCCUGUGCGAGGCGGCGCUCGCCUCUUCUCCGCUGCCCGCGCCUUCGUCGGACGCAUCCUCGUGGCUCGUCGCCGCGUCGCUCGCGCGAGUGCUCUUGGAGCGUGGCCUGGCCGGCAAGACGCGUGGCCUUGAGCCGCGAUCAGCGAUCGAGACUUCGGCCGACGCCGAGGAGGCGGAGGCAGUCGCUGCGCUGCGCGAGGCAGCCGCGGCAGCGAGCGAGCCGGCCGAGGAGGCGCGCCGGCUUCUGCACGUCGUCGCCCGCAACGCGUUUGCGCUGCUGGACGAGCAGGCGCUCUGCCCAUGCGCUGCGAUGAUCAACCACAGCUGCUCGCCCAACGCCACGCAGACCGGGUUUCGCACGCCGGACGGCGCGCUCUGUGUCUGCGUCCGAGCCGUAACCGCCAUCGAACCGGGCGAGGAGGUCGUCAUCAGCUAUGUGGCCGACCUGACGGCGCCGCCGGCGGAGCGCGCCCUCGCGCUGGCGCCGCACCCGUUCGGACCGACGCCGCGAGGCUGCGACCGCGCCCUCGAGGAGUGGCUGGUUGCAGAGGGGGAGGCGAGGCGCGCUGCGGCCGAGCCGCGCCUCCGAGCCAUGUCCGACGCCGCCGACGCGGCGUGGGAGGCCGCCCACGCGGCGGGCGACGAGGCGGAGCGGCGGCGGCAGCUGAUGACCAGCGCGGCGCACUACGGCCAGCUGCUGCAGCUGUCCGACGGCCUGCUCGGGGCCCACCACACGCUACUCCUCGUCGCGCGGGGUCGCCUCGCGCACGUGAUGACUGUCUCGGGCGCGCAGCGCUCCUGCGCCAACGCGCUGCCGCUCUGGCGGUCCCAUCUUGCGGCCACUCGCCGCUGCUGCCCCCCGAAUUGGCCGCACUUGCUCCCGUGCCUGCGAGGGGGGCGCGACGCGGCUGCGCGCGCAGGAGACAGCACCGCGGCAGCCGAGUUUGAGGCGGAGCUCCACCGCGUCCUCGACGUGCUCAAGCCGAAGUGUUUGGACGUCACCGGCGGGCCGGGGUGA